ACCACCGGGCUACAGUCACUUUCACAUUUUUCUCCCUCUCUCUGUCUCUGUGUGUAUAUAUAUAUAAAGCUAAGCUCAAGCUUCCUUCCAUCUGGUAUAGCUAUAGCAAGUGUUGGACCACGGAUCGAUCGAUCGAUGGGGCGGCCGCCGUGUUGCGAGAAGGAGGGGGUGAAGAAGGGGCCAUGGACGCCGGAGGAGGACAUGGUGCUGGCGUCGUACGUGCAGGAGCACGGCCCGGGCAACUGGCGCGCCGUGCCGCCCAGGACGGGCCUCCUCCGCUGCAGCAAGAGCUGCCGCCUCCGCUGGACCAACUACCUCCGCCCGGGCAUCCGCCGCGGCGGCUUCUCCCACCACGAGGAGCGCCUCAUCCUCCACCUCCAGGCCCUCCUCGGCAACCGCUGGGCCGCCAUCGCCUCCUACCUCCCCCACCGCACCGACAACGACGUCAAGAACUUCUGGAACACCCACCUCAAGAAGAAGCUCGCCCUCACCUCCUCCUCCUCCUCGCCGCCGACGCCGACGACGCCGCUCGUCGCCAGGGGGCAGUGGGAGCGCAAGCUGCAGACCGACAUCGACCUCGCCAGGCGCGCCCUCCGCGACGCCCUCUCCGUCGACGACGCCGCCUCCCCGGCGAUGAUCAGCAGCGGGCCGCCCGCGCCGGCGGCGGCGGCGGCGUACGCCCUGAGCGAGCGCAACAUCUCCGUGAUGCUGAGCGGCUGGGCGGCGCCGCCUCCGGCCAGGAAAGGAUUGUCAGCCUGCAACCCGGCGGCGGCGACGACGACGCCCGGUGGCGCCGCCGCGGAGAGCGCGUCCACGGCCGGGACGUCGUUGGAGCUCACCGCCGACUGCUGCUCCGGCGGCGGCGACUCCAGCGCGUCCAACUGCCUGCCGUCGUCCAUGCUCCUCGCGUGCGACGACGGCGACGCGACGGCGACGGCGGCCGGGGUGGCGCCGCUGUCGGCGAUCGAGUCGUGGCUGCUGCUCGACGACAGCGGAGAGCCGCAGCUGGCACUGGACGAGCAGCUGCUGGACGUAGCUCUCCGUAAUUACGCUUUCUAAUUAAUUAAUUAAUUAAUUACUACCAAUCAAUGCAAGUACUGGUACUAGAGCCACACGACUUGAUUAAGAAUUAAUUCGAGUUAAUUGCUUAGCUUUUAGCCUAGCUAGCGAGCCAGUGGUUACUACUACUAGUUGUUGCUGGAUUUUACUGUUUACUCUUGCUACUAGUGCUCUGGAUCCGUACAACAGUACACACAUGAAUAUACACUGAUCUGUUACAUGGAUUAGCAAGAGUCAGUGGAGCAGGUAGAAAAAUAAUACUUAUCAAAAUGUAAAAUUAUUUUUUAUAUUUAUUAGUAUCAUGCAUACGUGUCUAUAUUAAUACUACUCCCUAUGGUGCAUACCAUCUUGUUUUUUUUAAAUAACUAUAAAAAAUGCCAGUGCGUUGCAA